AUGAAGAUCAACGAUAAAAGUAUUAUUCAUUUAGCUAAUAAUUUUGAGCAUGUAGACAAGCAAGGCUUCUUAUAUAAAAAGGGUGAGAUCAACCGUAGCUUGCAACGUCGAUGGUUUGUAUUAACGGGAAAUUUACUUUUCUACUUUGAAAAGCAAUAUUCUCGUGAACCUAUCGGUGUUGUUGUCUUAGAAGGAUAUGUAGUUAGCCGUGAUCCAAAUAAUACUUAUGGAUUUUUAUUAUGUUUUGCUGGCGAGAAUACUCGUACAUGGACUUUUUCCGCUGAAAACAGAGAAGAUAUGGAAUCAUGGAUGCAGGCUUUAGCGCGUUCGUCUUAUGAUUAUAUGAGGGAUUUAGCCAACGAUUUAGACAGACAAAUCAAAGAGCUUCGG